CGCGGUCGCGGUCAUUUUCGCUGCGGGCUUCACCGAAUAUUACUGUCUGCGGUAUUUGGAUCGAGAUGUCCUACAUCCCAGGCCAGCCGGUCACCGCUGUGGUGCAAAGAGUUGAAAUUCACAAGCUGCGUCAAGGAGAGAACUUAAUUCUGGGGUUCAGCAUUGGAGGUGGAAUUGACCAGGAUCCCUCUCAGAACCCCUUCUCUGAAGACAAGACAGAUAAGGGCAUUUAUGUUACCCGGGUGUCUGAAGGAGGCCCUGCUGAAAUUGCUGGGCUGCAGAUUGGAGACAAGAUCAUGCAGGUAAAUGGCUGGGACAUGACCAUGGUAACACAUGACCAAGCCCGGAAGCGGCUCACCAAGCGCUCAGAAGAGGUGGUUCGUCUGCUGGUGACACGACAGUCGCUGCAGAAGGCAGUGCAGCAGUCCAUGCUGUCUUAGCAGCCAGCCAUCGUCCCCAACUUGUGCCUGCUAUCUCCUUGUACAGUGACCCCACUUCCACGCUGCCUGCUGCUUCUCCUGGUUUCUGCUGCAUGCUGGAUCCCGCAUCAGAAGGGCAACAGCUGAUCCCAGAGGCCUGAGCCAGCCUUCUUUCAGUCCCACUCCCAGGCCAAGGUUCUGGGACCUCCCUGUGUCCCUGGGACACUGAAGAUUGGAAACAAGGGCCUGGAGCUGAGUGAUAGCUGGUCUGUAGUGACCACAGGCUCCUCUCCCAGACCCUAUUGCCUGGCUGCUGCAGUGUCCAUGUUAACAGGAAACACUACUUUCUCAGAGUGCCAAAGAUGGGGAAUGCCAGUAGGACCAAUUCUUCCUGAUUUGCCUCUGGCCACAGGGCUUGGCCCUGCCCUCAUGUCACCUCUGAGGUGCCUGUACCCGAAACUUCACCCACUAUGUGGCCCAGUGUGGGCUGGCCCCACACACUGCCAGAGGCACUAUGAAGGUUUACCUGGAUGGAAACGGGCAGGCUCCCAUUCAUCCCCAUGAGGGUGCUGGCCUCCCCAGGGUUUGCCUGCUUACAGGAUUUAAAUGAGGCUCAAGGCUGGCAUUUCUGGGCAGCUCUCAGGAUCGCCACUUUUCUCUAUACCUGUGGGUUUAACUUUUGUAUUUUUUUAAUCACAACUUUGAUACAAAUCAUUUUUAUCUUACUGUUUGGAGAGGCCAAUUCUACUUUUGAAGUUAGCUUACUAAUUCUCAUCUGGGAGCAGCUACUCUUAGCACAUGAAUAAGCCUUACUUUACUGUGGAAAUGGGCAGUGACACACUGCCCAACACCUGACAUCUUGUGCCUAAUAAACAACG